GGGUGUUUUAACCGUUAAAAACAUUUUAGAAACGAAAAACUAGCGAAUAGUUGUACGAAUGUCAAAGUGACAGCGCCGUUUGGAAAAUCAAUAACAAAACCUAAAAACACAAAAGUUGCGAGCGAGCAAACUCACCACCGGAUGUGAGCGACUCCAAGCAGAGAUACACAAAGGACUCAAAUUACACGUUUACUACGCUUUUUAGCUGUGAGAAGUAAACACUUGAUGUAUACAGUCAUCGGAGAAGUUGCCAGUCAGUCGCGUUAUGCAUAUCUAUGCAUACAUACUUUACGCUGCACUAUUUGACAAAGCACAAUACAAAUUUCGCAUUGGAAAAUUGCACUUUUGCAAAUCAUAAAAGUAUUACAGUGUUAACAGAUAAAAAUUCGCCAACAUAUAAAAAAGUUCAAAACCUCGAAAUAAGUGGCAGAAUUGUUUUGAAAAACAAAAAAAAGUUUGAUUGAACCAGUUGGUACUGCAUUGAAGCGAUUCAAAACUCAUCAACUUUGUGGCUAACAAAAUCAACGGAGAAAGUCGUCCUUAUUUUCAUCAUCUAACUGUGUAAUUCCUAGCAGACUUACCAACGUGUGGCCUUUCGGAAAGCAAUUCGCCUAUGCGCAUCCAAUACCCAUAACAUGCGCACCCUGGCUGAUGAAACCAGGAAAUUAAAGUUGAAUAACAACAACAAUAACGCAGUUUACCAAAAAACCACUGUAACAUUAGUAGCACAGUCAAACAAUUCAAAUAAGAUCGCCAAGAUGCAACAGCAAGGCAACGUUGCGACCGCUGCCACAUCGACGGCUGUUCAGCAAAAGCAGCAGCACCAACAGCAACAACAACACAAACAACUGCAGAAUAAUAACUCUACAACAAUAACGUUGCCGAAGGCUUCGCAUGCAAACACAAAUGAAGAGAUCGCCGGCGGUGUGCAGGACACCAUUUACCUUUGCAAUUUUCGCGUCUCCGUCGACGGCGAUUGGUUAUGUCUGAAGGAGCUACAAGAUCUUGACAUUGGGCAGCAGCAUAGCGGUGGGAGUGGCACUACAACGGGCUGUGGUCUACAGCGUGGCACACAGCUGGGCAAAAGGAACAAACGCUAUUCGGGAAUGUCGAAUGGACUGGAUGAUAAUGGUAUAUUGACAGUCCGUAGCUUGCUGGGCCGUCGUUUUAACGACGCACCCGAACAUGUGUACAAGACGAAUAGUUUGUCGUCGUCGCACUUGCUUACCGCACGACAUGCACAUGCAGAUAAUGGCUUGAUUGGUGUGUUUGGUGUUGGUGGUACUGGUGAAUGGUCCAAUCACCCUCGCGAUCCAGCCGAAAUUGAACGCAGUAACUUGGUAAAUAUUUGUAAGCUCGUGGUUAAGGAAUUAUUGGAGCAAUCAUUAAGGUUUGGACGUAUGUUGGACUCGGAUCACUUACCGCUGCAGCACUUCUUCAUUGUAAUAGAGCAUGUGUUAGGUCAUGGUUUGCGUCCAAAGAAGGGUCUUUUGGGGCCACGCAAAGAAUUAUGGGACCUGCUUCAAAGUGUAGAAAGCUAUUGUCCUGAAGCACAGGACAUAACAGCUAGCGUUCGUGAUCUUCCCACUGUGCGGACGCACAUUGGCCGGGCUCGUGCUUGGCUGCGCAUAGCAUUGAUGCAGAAGAAACUGGCCGAUUAUCUGCAGGCACUUAUCGAGCAUCGCGAUGACUCGCUCUACGAAUAUUAUGAGCCACAUGCGCUAAUGAUGAGCGAUGAGAUUGUUGUCAUAAUGGGUAUCUUAGUAGGCCUAAAUGUGAUUGAUUGUAAUUUGUGCGUGAAAGAAGAAGAUUUGGAUUCACAGCAGGGUGUUAUCGAUUUUUCGCUUUAUUUGCGUUCGAGUUCGCGGAGUAACGAUAACGAUGAGGAAAUCAAUCAAUCACUGGAGGCGAAUGGUCAGGGCAAUAUGAUAGCCGUAUUGGACCAGAAGAACUAUAUUGAAGAGCUCAAUAGACAUUUAAAUGCCACGGUAGGUAAUCUUCAGGCCAAAGUUGAGUCCCUUACCACUACAAAUGCGUUAAUGAAGGAGGAUCUUGCGAUUGCGCGUAAUAGCCUAUUGGCAUUACAAGCUGAGAAUCAGGCGCUGCGUCAAAGCACCACAAAAGAUACUCCUUCAUCCAAUGCUGAAGCCAGUCCAAACAAAUCAACAGAUCGAGCGAAUAAAGCAACUAUCGAAUCGCUCACUGCCGAAUUGAGUGAAGAGAAAAAGAAAAGUCAAGAGUUAGAUAAGGAGUUAAAACUACAAAUAUCACUAAAAGCCGAAUCCGAUAUGGCAAUGAAAUUGCUGGAGAAGGAUAUACACGAAAAACAGGAUACGAUUGUAUCACUGCGACGACAAUUAGACGAUAUUAAACAAAUUAAUUUGGAAAUGUAUCGCAAAUUACAGGAAUGUGAUGCUUCGCUCAAGCAUAAAACGGAAAUGAUUAAAAAGUUAGAGAGUCAAAAAGAAGAUAUGGCCAGCACUAUUACACAGCUGGAGAAAAAAUGGGAUGCCGAUAAAACUAAUUUGGGUGAGGUACUACGAAACACCUCACAAACCUUGGCAACUCAGGUGACUGCGUGUGAUGAGCGCGCCGCUCGUGCCGAAGCCGAAUCUCGCAUAGAACGCGAAUGGCGAAUUUCUUUACAAGAAAAGGAAGUAAAAUUGAAGGAAAAAAUUAGUAAUCUGCAAACUUGUAUUAAGGAGCUCACCGACGACUCUCAGCAACAUACUAAACUGCGUGCUGAACUUGAUAAAAUGCGCACACAAUGGUCGGAGGCACAAACAACACUCGAAGAAUUAGGCAUACAGUUAAGUGUCAGCAAAUUAAAGGUAUCUGAACUAGAAGACCGCGAAAGAAGACAACAACAGCUACGCUGCUCAGACCUAUCGCUACAGUCGCCAUCAGAAGUGGCCAGCGCUGGGAUAUGGGCGCCGGAUUCGAUAGCCACACAUUGCACUUCAUGCAAAAAAGAAUUUGGCUUGACGCGACGGAAACAUCACUGUCGCAGUUGUGGUGACAUUUUUUGCAAUUCAUGCUCGGAGCACACAUUGCCGCUACUCACGGAUCUGGGGCAAUCGGGGAAGCCGGUACGGGUUUGUGACCAAUGCUAUGAGGCGAAAAAAUGACAAUGUAUAUUAAAUGGUGCUCUCACAAAUUUUUAUUAGUACGUAUUGUAUGUGCUAUGUAGUAUGUAGGGGCAUAACUUUGCAAACGAAAAUGUGUACAUACAGCAUUGUAUUAAAUGUGUAUUAAAUGUAAACUAUAUGUGUACAUAGAAAUAUAUCGCAAAUCCACUUCAAAGGUGUCACAACUAAAAAUUACCCGUUUGCUAAAAAACGCAAAAAAUUAUUUCAUAGCACAUGUUAAUCAUAUGGGCAAGAGAGACUUAUAAAUUUAUUAGAUAUAGUUUUAAUUACAACAAAAUUUUGCCCCACCUUUUGGUGAAAGCUAUAUAAACAGUCUUUGAACUUUUGUAGCGCAUAAUUUCACAAAUGACAAAUUUUGAGUUGUGUCACCUUUGAAGUGCGUGUGCGAAAUAUAAUCUACUUGUGUUUAUGUAAAAUGCCUUAAUAUCUAUGUAUGAAUGUAUUUAUCCUAACAUUGAUCAGGGGGUCAAUUGCCAUUCUGCGUUAUCGUGAAGUGAAGUGAAAAGUCAAAAAUUCACACCGAAAUAAUAACGCAGAACGAGAAUUACCCUGAGAAUAUUUAGAAACGCCGUAUAUGUACGGUGGCAGGUAAACAAAUAGGAACACGACAUUAUAACCAGUUUUGGCUAUUUUCUUUUGUUUAUUAUAUUUUUGUAAAAGUAUAGCUCACUAUCUAACAAAAACCAUGUAAGUCAAAAUUUCAAACUUUGUAAAAGAUUUAUUAAACCUUCGAUGAACUUCAAACGGCAAACUGCGCAGUCUGAAAUUGACAGUAAGCUCGGCCCUCUUUAUAAUAACAGAUAAAAUCAGACUUUUCAAGCUGUGUAUACAAAAAAAUAACAGUAAGUAAUAAUUCGUUUAAAUAACAAAUUGUAUUAUUCUUAAAAACUGUUUUUACUUAAACUUUACUAACCAUGAAUGAGAUUUAUAGUACAUCAGAACUUAUAUUUAUUAGGUACAUAAAAACUUAUUAAAAACCGACUAAUAUGUAUAUGUAUGAGUGUCAUGAGUUGAGGGAUAGAUGGUGUUAUUUAGUGUCU